AUGGGACAUGAGGAGCAUGGAGGGACUUGGCACAUGGACGCAGCUCAACUGGAUACGCAAAGGAAGAAGGAGGAAGCCAUCUUGAAGACCAGCUCGACCGUCUACUCGACCAACCGGUCGAGUUCCUCAACUCGACCGGCCAAGCUUCAACUCGAUCGAGCUGAGAAGUCAACAUUGCCUGAAGAAAUAGUCUAUGCAGCUGAGGCAAGCAGCAAGCAUGGACAAUCUAGCCAUCACAGGCCAGGAACAAAGAUCUCAUCAUCAAACACACCAUGGUUUCGCCACAUAGCAAACUUCCUUGCAGCUGAAUACCCACCACCAAACUUCUUUGGCUACAGAAAGAAGAAAUUUCUGCGUGAUGUAAGAAGGUACUACUGGGAUGAACCUUACUUAUACAAGAAAUGUUCAGAUGGAAUGUUUAGAAGAUGCAUACCAGAGGAAGAAGUAGAAGGAAUAUUGUUUGCUUGUCAUAGUUCUAGCUAUGCAGGGCACUUUGCCACUUACAAGACAGUAUCCAAGGUCUACAAGCUGGAUUUUGGUGGCCAACUAUGUUUAAGGAUGCUCAUGCAUUCAUAUCAAGAUGUGAUGCUUGCCAAAGAAUGGGAAAUAUAA